GAACAAGAGUCAGACAUGCAAGUAGCAAAAGCAGACAGAAAAGGAGGAGAGAGAGAGCUGACCACCCCACCUAUCACACUGGAUACACUUUAUAAUCUAGAAAAUAAUUUGGACUUUCCCAAUUUAAACAAGAACAAUUCUUUGGCUGAGACUGAAGAGUUUGCCUUCUCUUUCAAGGAAUUUCAGCCCCCAGAUCACUGUCCAGUUUGUGAAUUCCCAGAGCCCUGUGUCCAAAUAGCAUCUAUGGCAUUUGCUAGAUCCCCUGAGGGUCUGCACCUAUCAAGUGAAAGCCCAAGGACAGAAUGUCCAAUAUGUCAUGACUCUAGACAGUUAGAAUACUCUGACAUCUUUGACCAAGCAGGCUGUAUUUCCAAUAUUGGCCAACACAGUGAGCAAACCACUGAGGAAGACGGAAAACAUUCUAUUGAAAAAGAGGGCAGUGAAAAUGCUGGAGAUGAGAAAAGUGUCAGAAGUGCUACUGGCAAAGGAAUUCCACCAUCCUGUAGGGAUUUUGUAGUUGCUCUGGAUCCCCAGGACCUACACAAUGCCCAAAGUGCAGAUCACCCUGUUGAUAGUGAAGUUGAUAGUCCUGCCUCACCAUUGGGGACCACAACAGUAACAAGUCCACUGCAGGAAGAUGCUGGCAAGGGAGCUUGUGAAGAAGGUUCAAUAUCGGACAUGGAUGUAGGUGGCCAGGCUCCCAGAAAAAACAUCACCUCUGAUAAGGACUUCCAUGAAGAUGCUCAGGGUUCUGCCUCCAGUAACCUCCAAAGUGAAUCUCCAGGGGAAGGUCUGCCCAAUACAGCUAAAGAGAAUGCAGAAUUGAGCCUUGCUUCAUCUUUGACUACAUCAUUACAGGCACAAGAUAUUACCAUAAAUUAUUUAGAGAAAUCCCAACAGCAUCUAAGCCCCCCAAUUAGGACCUUCGUGUUUCCAGUCAAGCAAGCAGGAGAAGAAACACUUUGCAUGGAGCAACAGACCUCAGUCAAUGAGUCGCCAUGUUUUUCAGUUCUUAAGGAGGACAGAACAGAAUGUGACCACAACACUGGUAGUCCUGCCUCUCCCAAUGUUUGUUUUGUGAUAGCCACUGAUGUGGCUCAGAUUAUAAAGCCUUCGAUCCCAGUGCCUUUCUCUAAUCAGACUCUGGCCCCUGAACCUGCUUCUAGCCACUUCAGUCAGCCCCCAACACCUGCACCAUACUCCAGACCUACUCAGUGUUUAACUCCUCCACCGAAUACACAUGUCCCUGCCCUGCCAGCAGUCCAUGCUCUUCAUCCCAAGCAUCCCAGUGAGCUGCUAGAACCACCACCAACUUCCAACCAGUGCUUAGCCCUAAAGUCCACUUUGAUUAAGGCUCCACUUUCUUCAGCCCCCACAGUUGACACUAAAUUAUCUGAUCAUACUCCAGCCUUUGAAUGUGAUUUGAACCAACAUAGACAGCUUCCAGACCCAUUUCCCAAUUCUGACCAGUCUCUAUCCCUGGAGUAUGAUGCUAACCAACCUGUGCGCACGUCAGUUGUUUUCAGUCAUACUAUGUUUCCUGAACUUAAUAUCAGUCAAUCCAGCCAACUAGUUAGCUGCAGCCAAUCCAGGGAAUCUACAGCUCCUGGUCUUAAUGACAGCCUUCCCACUCAACUUCCUGUCUUUGUGAUUGACGAGGAGCUUCACAACCCAACUUUGGCUUCCAGAUCCAAUCUUCCUCCAACUCCUGAUGGCAAACUUUUAACCAAGCAAUCAGUUGAAACACCAGCAUCCAAUUUACCUACUUGCUGCACAAGUGGGGAUAGCUGGAUACAUACAAGUAUGCCUGUUGUCAAUGUUGUUUCUGAGACCACCCCCUCUGUUUUGGAAUCUGAAAACCUUGCCCAGAUUCCAAACAUGGACAAUAGAGUGGAAGAAGUCUCUGUUGUAGAAUUGGCCGAGUCAGAGGAGACAGGCAUUCCACACGGCCAGAAAGACUGGGAUAUACAUGAAGUAUGCAGUGGCUUGGAGGUCAAUCUGUUGGGCAGACACUCAGAUUUAGUCAUUUUAGGAAAUGAAGCAUCAGUGAUAGACCCCAUCUAUAGUAUUCCUGAAACAAUGUCUAGUGCUAUGGAUAUGCACGAUGGGAAAUCUUCAUCUGAUCAUGCCUCCUAUCCCUCAGUCAAGAGUCAGAAAAUGUGUGAAGUCACAGAGUCCACAAAUUCAAUCCAGUCUCCUCCUCUUCUAGCUUUCACCAACCCCAUCCACUUCCUCCAGCUUGGCCCUCCAUCACCACCCACUAUCAGACCCCCAUAUGAAGCUGUCUCUCAAGGGUCACAGCGGCGGCAGCAGCAACAGACAAGAAAUACCAAAGACACAGAAGCAUCUGUGGUAAUGUGUCAGGUGGCAGAAGGUUCUGAAACCUUCAGGAAGGGCUUGGAAAAAUCAGUGAUGGAACCAGUUCUAGCUGCUGUGGUUCCUAGGAAGGACAGGCUAGCCAAACAUCCACCUUUAGAGAAAUCCUCUAGCUGUCCAGAUAAAAAUGUUAUUGGGCUGGACACAAAAGAAUCAGCAUCCAAUUCAAAGAAGCAAGAGGUAUUAAUCAGACAUCGAGCAAAAAGCAAGGAUUGGCAUCGACACGGUGUGAGAAAGGUCUCAAUACCAAUGGACAAUGCAUUCGAAGUAUUGUCAUCUCUUGUCCCUUCAAAGGAAACUACCCCUGUACACAAAGAUAUGGACCGAGUUAAAUAUGGAGAGAAGAAACCAGCAGAAGCAUUGGAAAACAUCAAGCGGCGACACUCCAAACUGAUCAACUCAUCAAGAUUACUCUAUCAGGAAUACAGUGACGUUGCACUGAACAAAGCUAUUCAAAGCCAAAAGAGAGCAGAUUCCUUGUCUGAAGAUGUGGAGCUGGGCUUCCCAGACUCCCCAAGGUUACGAAGGAAAGUGCUGUCCCCUCAAGACUCUUACCUACAACGCCUGUCAGUUUCAUCCAGCACCUCCCUCUGGCAAGAUAUCCCCAUGGUCCGAGGGAGCACAAUACUGCUUAGCAUGACCCGGGAGGAACAGAAGCUGCAGGAGGCCAAGUUUGAACUGAUUGCAUCCGAAGCCUCCUACCUGCGGAGCUUAAACGUGGCCGUGGACCACUUCCAGCACUCGCAGGAGCUUCACGCUGUCCUGACUAACCAAGAUAAGCAGUGGCUUUUCUCCCGUCUCCAGGAAGUGCGCGAUGUUAGCGCCAAUUUCCUCUUUGACCUGGAAGAGAAGCUUGAGGAGAACAUGUUCACCUUCAACGUCUGCGAUGUGGCACUGAGGCAUGCGCCAGAAUUCCGCAGGGUUUAUUUGCCCUAUGUGACAAACCAGACUUAUCAGGAACAGACCUUUCGGAGGCUACUGAAUGGUGUUCCUGCCUUUCAACAGGUCUUGGAGAGACUGGAGAGUGACCCUGUUUGCCAGCGCCUUUCCCUUAAGUCCUUCCUCAUCCUCCCAUUCCAGCGCAUCACACGACUUAAGCUCCUUCUCCAGAACAUAUUGAAGAGAACUCGGCCUGGUGCUGAUGAGGAAGUGCAGGCCACCCAAGCAUAUGAUGCUCUUGAGAAGCUCAUCAAAGAUUGCAAUGAAAAUGUCCAGCGCAUGAAGAGUACUGAAGAGCUGAUCUACUUAAGUCAAAAUAUGGAGUUUGAAUGCAAGAUUUUUCCACUUAUCUCACAGUCACGACGGCUAGUGAAGCAUGGUGAACUUACAGCACUGGAGUAUAAUCUGAAUUUAAAGUGGAAACUUACCACCCGGCCCAUCUACCUGCAUCUCUUUAAUGACUACUUGCUGCUGUCUCGGCCCAGAGAGAAUGGCCGCUUUAUUGUGUUCGAUUAUGCUGCCUCCUCAGAUGUGCGUGGAGAGAAGUGUGAAAUGAAACUGCACGGCGCAAACAAAAAUGUUUUCCGCCUCUUCCUGCUGCAGAACAAUCAAGGGAAAAAAGUAGAGUUCCUCUUCCGUACAGAAACACAGAGUGAGAAGCUGCGAUGGAUUUCUGCUCUAAUGCCACAACAAGCAGAACCUGACCUUUUGGAUGACUCUGAUCCACCUCAGGUUCAGUGUGUGAGGUCAUACAAAGCCCGAGAGAACGAUGAGCUGGCACUAGAGAAAGCAGAUAUCAUUAUGGUCCUGCGGCAAAGUAGUGAUGGCUGGAUUGAAGGAGUGAAACUCUCAGAUGGAGAGAGAGGAUGGUUCCCGUCUGAUCAAGUGGAAUUCAUCUCCAGCAAGGAAGCACGACAAAUGAAUUUGAAGGAGGAACAGCGUGUUAAGAAUGCCAAACAGCAGGUCUUUCGCAGGAAAUAAGAGUCUCCUCUCUCUGCAACACAAACACUUUUAUCCUCUGUUGUGUCUCCCUGACCAAACUGGAUAUUGCUGCAUUUGAUUCUUUGACCAAGAGAUCUUUCCAGAGGCUAAUAAACAAUGUUUAGUCCCACCAAAAAGAGACAUAGCGCUUACCAAAGAAAAAGAACUGACCUCAUGGAAAUAUUCUCUUCCUGUGCAUCACCAGAAAUAGAAAAAUAGUAUUAGAUGGAAAGAGCUGCAUCAUCUUUUUGUGUGAUGGUUGCAAAGAAGAAAUACAAGAGAGCUGAAAACUGGAUGUUAGGACUUCUAGGAACCUAUUACUGACUCUUCAACUGCAUGAACUCUCUUAGGAACUUUGCUUCAACUUCUACUCUGCAAAAUGUGGAUAUUUACCUCAUAGGAAAACAUGAGGCUAAAAUGUUAGUAUUGCAAAGUACUUUGAAUUCCUACAAAAGAAGACAUUAGAAAAAAUAUACUUUGUAGUUAUUAUCAUGGAGACAGGC